AUGGAAGGCAAAGGUGGAACACUUAAAGGGGCGUUAACUUAUCCUCUAUUUUUCUUUUCCUCGCUUGCAUUAACCUUAUAUAUCCCAAUUUGCUGUAUUAUGCCAAUACGUGUAGCUGAACAUUUCUGCGUUGAUAACUUCAUCGAUAGCACCAUUUUGUCUUAUUCAAUCGCCAACACGACUGUAUCCGCUAUAAUUUCGUUUUUUGGGGGGAUGAAAUAUGGGCAUUACAUCUUUUGUUUAUCAUUGGGGUCUAACUCGUUAAUAUUUGCCACGUUUAUGAUAGUAAUUAAAUUUGUAGAAGGAAACACUGGUAAAUAUUUGUAUAUAAUUUUAAUGUCAUUUUCUGGAGCCUUUCAUGCCUUGGGAUACACAACUUCAGUGCCCAUUGCUUUGAAGAUGUACAGUCCUAAUGGGAGUUCGUUUAAUUUUGGAUUGCUAUCUGGAUUUGUCUCAUUCGCGUUCAUUUUUGAAUACAUUGAAAAAACCUUCAACUUUGAUGAUAGAGACGAGGCGUUGAAGAUACUUUUGAUUUUUCAUUCGGUUCCAAUCAUAUUAAGUAUUAUCAUCACGCCUAUUGUGUAUUAUCUCAUAACUAUUAAAUUUAUUGUACCAGAUACCAGUACUAGCGGGAAUGGAUUUUUUGUUGCCAUUAAUGGAAUUAAAAAGGCUUAUCCUGCCUCACUUAGUGCAUGCUUGUCCAUUGGCGUUGAGAUAUUUUUCAUUCCUGCAAUUAUACCAUAUGCAAUCGGCGUAAACAUAGAUGAUGCCAUUUGUAUUAUCAAAUACGACUCCGUUUCCAUGCUAGUUUCCUCAUUAUUUGCCUUCAUCCUAUCAAGUUUAUCACAGCAAAAUACUAAUGAUGAUGGGAGAACUGAGUAUAAGCAUGGCGUUGACUCCAAACUGUUCUACUUUGUGCUUUGUUUUUUGACUCUUACUAGGAUUGCACUAUUAAUACCCGCACUUUUCUUUGAUGAGGAAAGAGAUCGCAGCGUAUUGACCAAUUACAUCAAGUGUAUUGUGCUUUAUAGUGGAUUUGUACAUGGCAUUUCUGUAGGCCUGGGAUUCGACGGUAUUUUUCCACUCAAUGUUACUGGAUUAAUUAAGGACGGAACUGAUAAUGAAUCAUACAAAUCAGGCGUCUCCAGUGCAGUCAGAGCUGCAGAGCUCACUGCGAUUUUGUUUUCAUGCAGUAUCACGUUUGCCUCUAUAUGUACCAAAUUAUACUUUCUCAUUAAUAAGUAA